CCUCCCUCCCGCGGCUCCGGCGCUGCCCGGGAUGGAGAGGCGGCAGCUCUGCCCGCUGGGAGCCGCGGGCAGCACAAGCUCCGCGUCUGCCGAGUGCCCGUGUCCCGUAAGAGCCAGCGGGAGCCCCAGCAGCCUUGCCCGGUCAGUGCCUGCGCCCGGUGGGAGCCCGGAGGAGACCAAGCACCUGCACCCGGAUAAACCCGGUACCUGUUAAUGGAGGACAGUCUCCCAGCACAGGCCACUUGGAGAUGAAGUGGUCCAACAGGUCUCCUCCACCUCCAGCUGCCACCGUCCUGUAGCACUGCAGAAUACAAUACGUCGAUUUCUCAUGAUGACAGAACAAGCAGUUGCUGUUGUUGGAGGUAUAAUAGGAGGGACCCUUUUAUUUGUUCUCAUGGGCAUGACUGCGUACCUGCUCUGGAAGAAACUGUGCCGCCGCCUCUCUUACAAAAAGCUCACCAGUCCUGUCAAAACCACAAAUGCAAAUGCCAUUUUUCAGGAUCAGUCAACUUCUGAAAUUCAGCCCAAAGGCACAAGCAGAUCCAGAAGCAUUCCCUUUAUCAUUCCACCAACACUGCAUGGGCGAGACUGGAUUAACCUGACGAACGAGGAACACGUUCAGGAAGACAGUGACCCCUGUGCGAUUCCUCAGGCUGGACCACGGUCAUCGUUCCAUUCUUUGGCUGGAGCUUAUGUUUUAGGGAUCAUUAACCCAGAACUGUACAAGUUCCCUGAAGACAAGAGUGAGACGGACUUUCCUGAAGGCAACAUCGGCCGCCUCUGGUUCUCCUUAGAAUACGAACAAGAAUCUGAAAGGCUCCUUGUCUCCUUGAUCAAACUCAGGAAGCUGCAGCCUCCCGAUGAUUCCUGUAGUGUGUUUGUGAAAAUCUACUUGCUGCCUGAUGAAAGAAGCUAUUUGCAGUCCAAAACAAAACGCAAAACCCUUAACCCACAGUUCGACGAAAACUUUGUUUUUCAGGUUUCCAGUAAAGUGUUGCUCCAAAGGACUCUGAAGUUUUUGGUUUAUCAUGUCGAUAAACAGAAGAAGCAUCAUUUCCUCGGCCAAGUUACCUUCCCACUGAAAAAUGAAACAUUAACUGAUGACAACAAACUAGUCAUAUGGAGAGACCUGGAGAAAGAAAACUUGGAGCCUCCAUCAGAGUACGGCGAUAUCCAGUUCUCCCUCAGCUACAACGACUACCUGGGCCGUCUCACUGUAGUGGUUCUGAGGGCAAAGGGAUUAAAGCUCCAGGAGGAGAGCCAUGCUGUUGGUGUGUAUGUCAAAGUCUCACUGAUGAACCAUAAUAAAUUCAUCAAAAGUAAGAAGACAGCAUCUGUUCCAGGAUCUCUCAGUCCAGCGUAUAAUGAAACCUUCAGCUUCAAGGUAGAUCAGAUGGAGCUGGAUACAGCAAGCCUGAGUCUAUCUGUGCUCCAGAGUAUCAAAGGAGAAAAAACACAUCUGCUAGGACGUGUAGUGGUUGGGCCUUUCAUGUACGCCCGUGGCAAAGAGCUGGAACACUGGAAUGAAAUGAUCAGCAAGCCCAAGGAGUUGGUUAAACACUGGCACGCUCUCUGCCACAGCACGUAAACAGCAUGGACAAAAAAACAGCUUUAAAAUGGAAGAGCACUCACUAGCUUUCAUCAUCUAAUGGUAAAGAGUACACAGCGCUUGUCCAUUCUAUACUCUUAAAUAGACAAGAGUAAAAGAAGUGAAUUCUUUCCUUGCCCAAAUGCAAAGAGAGAACUUGGUCCCCAUUAAGUUGGAACCCUUCUCUUUCCUUUCUUUAAAAUACAGUUCCAAUUUAAUGAGUAUGCAGCAGAGUAAACAAAACAGGAAGACACGAUCUCCCAGCAUUAGGUAUUUUGACUAGUAAACUCCAAUGCUUGGUCAAGAGCUCUGGGCACAAGUGAUCAUCUAUCUCUGUGUGGACAGAACCGAAAAUGAACUAAGAUUUGUCAUGAUACCAGGUCUGUCCACUGCACAGCGUCACCACUGACAGAACGGCUUCACCAAAAUGGACAGAAGUCCGGCAAGCACGCCAAAACAGACAGAGCCCAGAGAUGUGAACUGAUUAUUAAAUAUACCAUGUAUUUAAAUUAGCGGCAUUAUAUAUAAAAUCCCUUUUGAAUAUGAAUGGUGGAAAGCAGAGUGAUUAUUGAUCAAAACCUAGCAGCCUCCAUUCCCAUUGGCACAGGGUCUUUCUGGCAGUAAUUCGUGUAGAUGUUUUCAGCUGACCCCAGUGUCCCCGGUAAGGGAGAAGCAUAAGAAGUCCUGAAGUCACAAAUGACUGGAGGCUUGCACGAGCACUCCAAGAAAGUAAUACAAAGGACUUGUCCUGGCCUCAUCUAUUGCUCCCUAAACGUGUCUCUGCUAGAGACAGCACAUUUAUUAAAGGAACCUUGGGUUUGACCUAGUAUGGACCAUUCUUACAUUGACAAUCCAAUUAGCUUAAGCACUCAGGACGUAUGUCUGUUUUAGUGGUAGAGUUUUCUUUGUUAAAGUAAAUUACUGUUCUGUAAAAUAAUUCAGAGCAAUUAUUUUUAAUCAAAAUAAAAUAAAUAGGACAUUCUUCUCGUCUUCAUUGUUCACUGGGGACCUGAGCUCUGUACACUUCACGCUGUACAGUCAUAAACCAGAGAGACAGACUAUUGCAGCAAAACAUUUUGUACAGUUACGUUCCAAGACGACCAUAUCCUCCGCAGCUGAAAUAAAGCCAACUUCCUUUCAAACAGGAUGCAAUAUUAAUUAAUUCAAUAUAUUAAAAAAAUGAGGCUUCGAUGGGGAGAUGAGAACUCUUUCUAUUGCGGUAAUAUUGGUAUUAUCUGAAGGCAACAUUAUGAAUGAGAAUAUAUGAGAGAAAUUGUAAGAUGGACUCCACUAUCUUAUCACCCAACUGAAAUGGUACACGGUACCCUCAGUCCCCCUUGAUAACUGCACCACUGGAUACAAGAUGAGCCUAGACUCAAUACAUUUAAUUGAAUUACCCAAAACAUUCAACCAUCAUUAUAUCUGUUAAAUGAGUAGUGCCAGCACCUCAAUGAGCAGUCUUCAAAUUUUACUCCUACAAAACCACUGAAAACCAAUCUAAUAGGCCACACGUUUGAUCUGGGCAGGAAAACUAUAUAUAAACUCUAUAAUAACUGUAUUACUAUGAUAAAACAAUUUUACCAAAUACCUGAUGUCCCUCUUUAUGAUUAAAAUCAUACCAAUAAACACUGAAGGUCUUAAAAGUAAAUCAUUAGGAAUGUUUCAGGGAGUAAGGAUUAUAUCACAAGCAUCUUCCUGCAUGAGCUAGUACAGUGUCUGUUAAAAUAAAUACUUUUGAAGUGA